AAAGCAAUGAUAUUAGGUCCCUAUGGCAAAGCCGCGUCUCUUCAUGCUGGGCUGGGUGCCAUUCCUUAGUGCUGUUCUGUGCCUGCUGGCACUAACAAAAGAAGAGUGAAAUACUAAACCUAAUAGCAGCCAUGAAGUAUCAUUUGCAUGAAUAUUAUGAUCGCAUACUGCUGGAUAGUACAAGAAUGGAAAAUCCCUUACAGGAUUGCUGAUGCAGGCCCACAACUUAUACUUCCCUAAUUCAACCAGAAAGAUCAUUGAGAAAAUGUCACAUCUCCUUCAAAUGUCCACUUCGAAAUGGAAUUUUUUUUCCACAUUUUAACCUGGAGCCAUGACAAAACCAAUGAUGAUAUUUUGUAUGAAGUUGAAUAUCUUCGUUAUGGCUCCGACUGGACGGCGGUGCCUCAUUGUCAUUAUAUAAGCCAUCAAAAUUGUGAUCUCACAGUGGAGACCUUGCCCAAGAGCUUAGGAUAUGUUGGAAGGGUCAGGAGUGUUCUUGGAAACCAGACAUCGGAGUGGUCUAGAUCAACACGAUAUACAUUCACAGAAGUUAACCUUCCACCACCAACUGUAUUGCUUGAUGUGAAUGGACCAUCACUACAUGUUGAGCUCAUUUUACCUGAGAUCACAAAGAACAACAUUACUCGGAACUUCAAGGAUGUUUUUCAAUUUCACCGCCAAUAUAAAGUACAUAUCCGACGAACUACAGAUAACCACACGUUUCAGCACGUGGAGAAUGUUGAAAGUUUCAGUAUUGACAGCCUUGCUAAAUCAAAUGAGUAUUGCCUAAGUGUUAAGCCUUCAAUAGCGUCACGUCAGAACGUUGGAGAAGCAUCUUCAGAGAUCUGCAUUUACCUACCAGAUCAUGGGUUGACAAGCACUGCCCUUCUGUUACUGGCAGCCUGCAUCCUGAGCUUUCUGGUCUUACUGAUUUGUGUCAAUUUGUUCAUCUGCUUGUAUGUCCGUGGAGUUGUGAAGACCCCUAAAACACUGAAGUCUCUCAUUCAGAGGAGUUGGUCCUGGAUGGAUAAACCUCCAUCUCCAGUUAUUGAAAAAAACCUAUGCUGGGAUACAGUCCUGCAAGAUCAUCUGAUGGCCGAGCCAAGAGACUCUCCCAUGCGGAGCAGUGCAGACAGCGGGUUCGGAAGUCAGCUUUUCAUAAACAAUAUAAUAAAACCUUCUCCAUUGUCUUUGGAGAACUCUGGAGAUGAAAAUAAUGUCAGUGAGUCAAGGGAAAAUUCAGACUUUAAAGAGUUUAAUGCACUAAAAGAACGCUUUGAUAGAAGUCUCCAAGACAAUGGAGAGGACAGUGGUAUCAGUUUAUCAACAGGUUCCCCGACCCUCAAGCGUACAAGCAGCCAUACUGAUACUCCCUAUAGAGGAAAUGCACAGAGUUCUAAUGACUGCGGGAAGGAAGUAGUGGUCAAUGUGACACUGGGAUACCUGAAACAGCUAGUACCAGACAAGAAACCAAACUCCUUUGAAGAUGAGGAAUUGGGGAACACUUGGCAACCACAAAUUAAAGAAUAUCUUUCUCAAAGAGCAGAGAAUUUAUACAAGGGCCAAAUAGACUGUAACAUAUUGCAAGAACCAUGGAUUCAGGUGCCAGAAACAUUUCAAACUCCUAUACCACUUGCACAAGCUUUCAGUCCAUUCAGCCGGGUACUGUGGAAUUUAGGAGUCAGUGCACCAUCCCUUGGCGAUGUAGAGCUCCUAGACACUAGAUCUUGAGUUUCUGAGAAGAGAUAUGUUAGUGCUUUAUGUAAAGAGCAUGUUAACCAGGAAUCUGAAUUAUAAAGCACCUGUAGCUAUCUGAGGAGUUAAAUAGCCAGGACCCGAGUUAUCUUUGAUCCUAGCCUUUACAGCAGAAUGUCAGCUAUUUUAUACAUCUGACACCAUAAGUGUAUGGUGUGGGCACGGCUCCACCCGCAUGCUGGGUGCCAUAAAUGUAUACCAGGUGUUGCCAAAGGGUUGAUGCAUUCAUUAAAGGGAUUGUCUUAGGAUAGACAAUGGUGGAAUAUCAAUAGGACAUCAAUCAUCCCACCAAUUGCUAGAAAAAAUGGCAGCUGUGCUUAUCACUAUGUCACUUAGUCUUCCAUUGUCUCCACCUUUCUUUCUCUGGUGGCCACAUGGCCAUUCCAUUGUAGUCAAUGACUGACCAUAAGGAAGCCCAGAAAUGUUACUAGCCCAUUCUAACAAUAUGUGGAGUUGUUCAGUGAUGUAGAGCCCCUAGACACUAAAUCUUAAAUUUCUUGAAGGAAGACACAGUAUAUUAGGGCUGUAUGCCAUUAGCAUCUGAAGGCAUCGGAAGAGACUGACACCAAUAGGGAACUAGGGAAAGAGUAGAUAUGAAAAGAACAUCUAAUCCCACACUGUCAUGUGUAAUUUACUUUGAGUAUCCAGUUCAGUAACUAUUAAAUGGCUCACAUAUUUUUGUUAAUAAAUCCAAAUGUUAAGUUCUUAUAUUUAGAAGAGUGAUAACUUAUCAUCAGUAAACAGUAUUAUAUUUAUAGUAGAAGACUGUAACAUGGCUUCCUAAAGGAACACACAUGACUGACGCACCAUUUUUAGUAAUUGUUUCCAAAUUAGUUUAUGAAAUACUGUGCAGGAAUGACAUUCUGUACUGUGUUAGUGCAUGUAUACCUGCCGCCUUGUGCUUGGCAUAAGCAGAGCCUAAUUGUGUUGGGAUUGUGGGUGAACAUAUUUUGACACUGGCAUGCCUUAUAUUGCCUUCAUACAUAUAUUACCGAGCAGCUAAUGUUCCACCACACAACUAUUUUGUUUCUGUUCACUCUGCACUAAUACAAACUGGUCCACGUAUACUGUACACCUAAUAUUUACUAGUAGGUAUGGACAGAUGCUUGUGUUGUGGUCCUGUGCUGGUCACUAAUAUUUCAAUUUACACAAUCAGUAUGCACAGUAAUAUGUAUAUAUUUAUUUGUAUGUGUUGUUAAAAGUUCAUUAUCAUUGGCACGUUUAAAGAUGUACAUGGCAUCAAAUGGCUUUCAUACCUAUUUUUGUAUUAAUAAAUUUUAGAAAAAAAAUCGUUGUCAAUGUCUUUACUUUAAUAUU